UCGAGGUGCACACAUGCAACAACAACCGUUCAGUCCCACGCAACAACAACCGUUUAGUCCCAUGCACAUCCAACAACAACAUUUGCAACAGUGGGGAAAUCCACCUCCAUGGACUCAGUGGCAAUCUUGGGGAACGCCACCCUGCCCAUACCCAACUACUGGCUGGCCAAGGCAGCCAUCUCCUUAUAGACAGCAGCAAACCGGAUUAUUGGGUCCUAGGCCUCAGCAGGCUCAUGUUGCCGCAGCUAUAUCACCUCCUUCUUAUGCUCCAACAGAUAUUCAAGAGGCCAUGCACACUCUGUCUAUUUCCCCUCCCGAUGCUCACUGGUUUAUGGACACCGGUGCCACAUCACACAUGACCGCAAAUGGAGGAUUUUCAGACAGGAAUGCCUCUAAUGAGAUGUAAUAGCUUGGGUGAUCUGUAUCCAAUUACCACAAAUCAUCACAUUGGAACCUCUACACCAUCUACUUUUGCCGCUUUAUCACCUGAUUUAUGGCAUAGUCGUUUAGGACAUCCGGGAACACCUAUUUUAAGCUCUCUUCGUCAAAACAAUUUUAUUGUUUGUAAUAAAUUUCGGGAUAAUUUUUUUUGUCAUUCAUGUCCUCUUGGAAAACAAGUUAAAUUACCUUUUUAUGACUCUACUUCAUACACCACAUUACCUUUUGAUAUUGUGCACAGUGAUCUUUGGUCAUCUCCUAUUCUUAGUUCGGGUGGCCAUCGUUAUUACGUUUUAUUUCUUGAUAA